GAAAGUAUACAGCAACUAUGGAUGCCAUCGGACACGUACGUGAACCUACCUUCGGCGACAUCCUUAAAACAGAGCCUUAAAGUAUUGAACUGUCAAAGUUAGGAUAAUGUAAAAGAAAGAAGUUAAAGAAAGAAAAACAGUUUUCAGGUGAAUAAGAUGGUAAAGUCAAAGAAUUCAAACAACUCUGCAAAUCUACGGUAUUAGCUCACUAGGAGUUCUACUUCAUCCCAAUGAAAUUUGAAUUCCGCAAAAAGAAUCAUAGGCGUUUCAGGCAAUUUUUAAAGGGACUGAAAAACAUCACAGCCAUGGCAUUUGACUGUGCAAUUUGUGAAAAUUUGAAGAGCUUUUUCAAAAACAAGCCACCCAUGGUCCUGUUUGUGAUAAGUCUGGGAGCAUUUGCCUUGGUGCUUUUAACUCUAGCAUACAUAAUCAAAGUGCAAGAACUACCUAACCCUGAUCUCACAAAGGAAUGGAACCACUUUUUUGAAAAUUUUGCUGAAGUAGAAUUUUGUGUGUUAGGAAAUCAAACAGAAGACACAAUCACUACAACCGCAGAACCAAAGCUCUCAGACACAUUGUUAAAGCUUCACGAUAAAGUUAUCAAAACUACCCCACCUCCUAUAGAUGAACACGUUGUGAAUACUUCUAUAUCCAUGCUGAUAGAGGUAACACCCUCUCAAAGUGACAGCUUCUUCAAUAUAUCAAACAACGUGACCACACUGUUGGCAGCCGUCAAUGGAAGUGAACUCGGACUCAGAGGGAUGGCCUCUAAGAUGAGCAUGAACGUGUCCAUGAUGUUGCCUAUCAAAUGGAAUGAAGCUGUUUGCACAGACAAAAACUGUCAGAAAAUACAGAUUUUGACCUGCAUUAAUUUCCAGGGACCAGCUUCAAUUUUCCCCAGCAAAAGACACUUUGGGGGAUGUACCAGCACAGUCGGCGUGACAGAAGGGGUGACGGACUACAGUUCCCGGAUGGUGGGCUAUCCUCGCAGUUACACGGAGGAAAACCUUUGUGCGCAUUUACCCAGAGUCACCAUGAAGUACAAACUGGAUCCCACCAUGAACAUGCUUCUGACACUCGAGGACAGGUCAAUCAUCAACCUCCACCUCAUGCACACCACCUACUUUCUGUUUGUGAUGUUUGUGACCAUCAUCUGUUAUGCCCUUAUCAGAGGCCAUCCUGCCACUCACAAAAACAAGUCCGGGUCUUACUCAGAGGUGUCGACCAAAGUUUGAGAUAUGCCACAACACAGUUCAGAACAAGUGCAAUAUUUUGAUUACAAACAAAUUCUACAUUCCAUUUGUUGUUUGCUCAUUAUAUGUGCCUAUACCACUGUGAUGUUAAGAGGCAGAAUUGUUUCAGUUUGAAUCUCCCAAUAGUGCUUACUUCUGCUGGACAUCAUGUUAUGGGACGUAAUGAUCACUAGAUCUCAUGAGCCAUAGCAGU